AUGUCGCUUGGAUUUUGUAAUCACCUAAUUACAAAGCGAUCACUUCGAUGCAAAACUCAACGCAUUCUAAAACUAAUUAAAAAAAUAGGCUUCUUAUAUUUCAACAAAGACGAUAGAGAUGUCUUUGAAGAAGAUGAUGAUGAUAGUGGCGGUGGUGAGAUUGGUGUAGGUGGCGGUGGUGAUGAUGAUUGUGGUAUUGAUAGUAUUAACAGUGGUGGUGAGGAUGAUACAGGUGGUUAUAGAGGUGGUGAUGAUGAUUGUGGUAUUGAUAGUAUUAACAGUGGUGGUGAUGAUGAUACAGGUGGUUAUAGAGGUGGUGAUGAUGAUUGUGGUAUUGAUAGAAUUAACAGUGGUGGUGAUGAUGAUACAGGUGGUUAUAGACGUGGUGAUGAUGAUUGUGAUAUUGAUAGAAUUAACAGUGGUGAUGAUGAUACAGGUGGUUAUAGAGGUGGUGAUGAUGAUUAUGGCUAUAGAGGUGGUGAUGAUGAUUGUGGUAUUGAUAGAAUUAACAGUGGUGGUGAUGAUGAUACAGGUGGUUAUAGAGGUGGUGAUGAUGAUUGUGGUAUUGAUAGAAUUAACAGUGGUGGUGAUGAUGAUACAGAUGGCUAUAGAGGUGGUGAUGAUGAUUGUGGUUAUAGAGGUGGUGAUGAUGAUUGUGGUAUUGAUAGAAUUAACAGUGGUGGUGAUGAUACAGGUGGUUAUAGAGGUGGUGAUGAUGAUUGUGAUAUUGAUAGAAUUAACAGUGGUGAUGAUGAUACAGGUGGUUAUAGAGGUGGUGGUGAUGAUUGUGGUAUUGAUAGAAUUAACAGUGGUGAUGAUGAUGAUACAGGUGGUUAUAGAGGUGGUGAUGAUGAUUGUGGUAUUGAUAGAAUUAACAGUGGUGGUGAUGAUGAUACAGAUGGCUAUAGAGGUGGUGAUGAUGAUUGUGGUUAUAGAGGUGGUGAUGAUGAUUGUGGUAUUGAUAGUAUUAACAGUGGUGGUGAUGAUGAUACAGGUGGUUAUAGAGGUGGUGAUGAUGAUUGUGAUAUUGAUAGAAUUAACAGUGGUGAUGAUGAUACAGGUGGUUAUAGAGGUGGUGAUGAUGAUUGUGAUAUUGAUAGAAUUAACAGUGGUGGUGAUGAUACAGGUGGUUAUAGAGGUGGUGAUGAUGAUUGUGAUAUUGAUAGAAUUAACAGUGGUGAUGAUGAUACAGGUGGUUAUAGAGGUGGUGAUGAUGAUUGUGGUAUUGAUAGAAUUAACAGUGGUGAUGAUGAUGAUACAGGUGGUUAUAGAGGUGGUGAUGAUGAUUGUGGUAUUGAUAGAAUUAACAGUGGUGGUGAUGAUGAUACAGGUGGUUAUAGAGGUGGUGAUGAUAAUUGUGGUAUUGAUAGAAUUAACAGUGGUGGUGAUGAUGAUACAGGUGGUUAUAGAGGUGGUGAUGAUGAUUGUGGUAUUGAUAGAAUUAACAGUGGUGGUGAUGAUGAUACAGGUGGUUAUAGACGUGGUGAUGAUGAUUGUGAUAUUGAUAGAAUGAACAGUGGUGGUGAUGAUGAUCAGGUGGUUAUAGAGGUGAUGGCUAUUGGAGGUGGUGAUGAUGAUUGUGGUAUUGAUAGAAUUAACAGUGGUGGUGAUGAUGAUACAGAUGGCUAUAGAGGUGGUGAUGAUGAUUAUGGCUAUAGAGGUGGUGAUGAUGAUUGUGAUAUUGAUAGAAUGAACAGUGGUGGUGAUGAUGAUACAGGUGGUUAUAGAGGUGGUGAUGAUGAUUAUGGCUAUAGAUGUGGUGAUGAUGAUGAUUGUGGUAUUGAUAGAAUUAACAGUGGUGGUGAUGAUGAUACAGGUGGUUAUAGAGGUGGUGAUGAUGAUUGUGGUAUUGAUAGAAUUAACAGUGGUGGUGAUGAUGAUACAGAUGGCUAUAGAGGUGGUGAUGAUGAUUGUGGUAAUGAUAGAAUUAACAGUGGUGGUGAUGAUGAUACAGAUGGCUAUAGAGGUGGUGAUGAUGAUUGUGGUUAUAGAGGUGGUGAUGAUGAUUGUGGUAUUGAUAGAAUUAACAGUGGUGAUGAUGAUGAUGAUGAAACAGGUGGUUAUAGAGGUGGUGAUGAUGAUUGUGCUGGUAAUGGUGGUUGUGAAAGUAAUUUGGCGGUGAAAGUGGUGAUCGUAGUUCGUAUUUUUACCUUUCAGCUGUUCCACUACUAA